AUGGUGCACGUCUCAUUCUACCGAAACUGUAAGACCUCUGCUCCCGCCUAACUCUAGAUGUUGAUCCCUUGCAUAUCAAUACCAACCAGCGAAUCGUUCUCCAUUCCUGAUAGACUCCUAUAUUCUUAUGUAUCUCUGUUGUAGCUAUAUUUGAGGCCUCUGUGACCUUUAGCAGUUUAGAUCUCAGUCGAUCCUUUAUUUCGAGUUCCACUGGGCUGCUGUUUUUCUUUCUGAUCUCGUUGGCUAUUGUAAGUCGAAUGUGGUCUUUUAUUUUAGCACACGUCGUAUAUUUAGGUUUUCUUGACCGUGCGUUUUGCGUGAAGACGGAGAUGUCGAUGUUUUUUUCUUAAAAUUAAUAUUUAUUCGUAAAUAACUAGUACUUUUCGUUUGACGAAAUGUCAGUUGUGAACUUUCUUCUUCCCAAGGACUACGCUUGGCGAAAUAUGAGAUUGAAGGAUUUUGGAUUUACUAGUCUCGACGCAUGUCGUGCACGGUUUCUUACGAUGAAUGUUUCGUCGACGCUAGUUACCUCACUUCUCUUCUUAUUGUGGACUUUCCAUGUGUUUUUUUCUUCAGAUGGGAAGACUUUCAAGAAACCUCGUCGUCCUUACGAGAAGGAGCGUCUUGAUCAAGAGCUGAAACUUGUUGGGGAGUAUGGUCUCAGAUGCAAGAGAGAGCUCUGGAGGGUGCAGUAUGCGCUGAGCCGUAUCCGUAAUGCUGCCAAGGAGCUGCUUAAACUGGACGAGAAAGACGAGAAACGUAUCUUUGAGGGUGAGGCCCUCCUCCGUCGGAUGAACCGAUACGGUCUUCUGGACGAAAGCCAGAACAAGCUUGACUAUGUCCUGGCACUGACGCCGGAGCACUUCCUUGAGAGAAGACUCCAGACACUUGUCUUCAAGUCUGGAAUGGCUAAGUCUAUCCACCAUGCUCGUGUCCUCAUUAGGCAGCGUCACAUCAGGUUCAUUAACAAUACUUGCACUUGGUUGUAUAAAUGAUUCUUCAUUUCAUUUUCUGUUGUAUUUUGCUGCUCUUUUAUACCGGUAACAAUAUAUUGAUACUUUUUGGAUAGCAGACAUGGCAUAUACUGCUUUUCACCUGUCUUGGCGUAGGUUCCUGCAUUCUGGUUGUCUGAUGCCAGCCGUUCAACUUACUCUGUUGGGUUUGUUGGUGUAUGUUGGUUUUAUUGAAUGCAAAUUAAUUCUUUGAUAUGUGAAACGUUUAACAUAAAUCACUUUCCGUCAAUUAAAUUUUUUGAAAUGUAGGUUUCUUUAGGUUACCGGAUUUACUAAAAUUUUAAAUGAAAAAUUAUUGGUCACGAUGAAUUCCCUCCUCUCCCUUGAAUGAAACAUGUAACCCUAAAUAUUAGUUUGGUGCCCUCUUGAAAUACCCACUAUUGAUUAAUGUUGAUAAUUUUCAUGCGAUUUCCUAUAUCCAAAUAUUAGUUCAGCUGAUUCAUGUUUGCCCUUACGAAGGAAGUAUUUUUCAUUGUACUUGUCAGUUGGUAAUCAAUUGACGUGCUCUCAAUGUUUAUUUUAUUUAUUUAUAUUCUUGUAUAAUGAGAUUAUUUAGAAUCAUGCAAGAGAAAAUCUGCUUCAGAUACUCAAUCAGUCCAGUACCCUAUUGUUGACUCUCAAGCUUCUGUCUAUCCGUAGAGUGAGGAUGUUCAUUCUGUUGGCUGGUAUGUUUGUAAUGGUCUUUUGCCAUCAGUUCUCAUCUGAAUGAGCCAUGCCCUAUUCCUCUCUGACAAACGUGCUACAUAGCGUGAUGUGGUUAUAUUUCGCCUUUGACAGUGUAGUCAUUCUUGGAUGAUUCUUCUUUUUCCUGAACACGAGACUGAGGCUAUGAGAGAUUUGACAUGUCAUGGGUUAUCCACAACUUAGGACGGUUCUUUUGUUUGUAAAUUGUGGGUGUGAAAUAGGAUAUUUAUCAUGCUACUACUUUAUCUUUUGGAUAGAAAACAGUGGGAAUGCAAUGAAUUUCAUUCAGGUACUAUUUCCUCCCCAUAUGAUUCGAAUAAUGUUGCUCAUCCAGGGUUGGGAGGCAGGUCGUAAACAUCCCGUCAUUCAUGGUGAGGGUUGACUCUCAAAAGCACAUUGACUUCUCUCUCACCAGCCCCUUCGGUGGUGGCCGCCCUGGUAGAGUGAAGCGGAAGAACGCCAAGGCUGCUGCCAAGAAGGCUGCUGGUGGUGACGAUGAGGAGGACGAAGAAUGA